AUGGGUGACAUGCUCAAAUGCCUCAAGUGCAACCGAUGGUCGACUGAGAAGCAUUUUGACAACCAUUGCCUUGAAUGUAUUGUUUCCCACAUUAAAACCGGUCCCUCCCAAGCAAACCAAUCAUCCCCUUCUGGUCCCUCAGCUCCUCAUACCCAAAUCCUCCCCAGCCGGAUCCACACCGCUGGCCCAGCUUACUCUGCGGCUCCACGACGUGUUUCGACUCCUCAUGAUACUGGGACUCAUGUUUUCUACCGAGGAAUCGCCAAAGAGCUCCGUGGGGUCAAAAAACGCGAGGCUUCAGCUACCAAAUCUAGCCGUGCCAGUACUUCUCGCACCCCCGAUCCCAAGCAAUCACCUGAAAAGCGGUUUGUGAAAGCCGGUGUCACAGUUUAUAUUGAUGAUCAACCACAAAAGAAGACGGGGAUCAUUCCAAAGGUCUUGGAGGUGGAUACCAAGAAGCCCAACUUCUAUGAAGACUUCCGACAUCAUCUAUGGACACUAUUUUCUGAAGAAAUCCUAGCCAAAACCGAAAUCACUUUUCCCCCUGAUCCAGAACAAUACACUUGCUUGGGAACACUCAAUUCCAAGAUUGAAAACCAUGGCACCCUCUUAGAUCUUGCCCGAACUGGAAAGACAAUCAAGAGUGCCGCAGUCAUCAAUUUAUUUUAUCAGCAUCCCAUCGAAGCCUUUCCGGAUACUGUGCUACCAACCGAGACACGUACUAACCGCAAGAGAAAAUAUAAUGCAGAUCCACCCAAGACAUCCAAAUCUGCCACAUGGGCCCUUGGUGGGAAAAUUGCGACCAAACCAGUUCGGGGACCAGCUGGCUUAUCAGCACAAGUCGACACCCUCAGCCACCCAGUGACGCAAAGGUUACAUUUCUAUACGAUUGAAGAACAGCCCCCACCGGAAGCAAACCAGAAGUCUUAUGUUAUCAAUGAUUACAUCCACGCUGUCACCUUCCCUUUCGACAUCAAAGUAGAUAGGAAAAAGCAUGUAGGCGAGGGUAGUAGUUGUCAAUCUUAUCCAGCUCAAGUACGCUCAUCAGAAAAUGGGCAAGAGGUCAUCAACAAAUGGGUUGCCAAGAUUCGUUAUUCUGACCCCCAACCGAAUGUAUCUAAUCAUGCCAGUGAUGCCAUCACCUAUCGGGGUUUUGGCCUGAUCCUGGCAGAAUUUAAGGACCUCAUCAGUGAAAAACUUGAUGGUCUGCUGAAGAUUAAAGGAAGUCAAAUUGAAGGCUUUGGUCCCAUCCUCACUGAUCCACAAGUGGUUGAUCUGAAUGCUAAUGCUUGGGCUGAGGGCAACAGUGCUGGUACAGGAAUCGAUGCAUUUUUGAAUGAACAUGUCUGUUCAACAGUUUGUAAUAUUCUGAACUUGGGUCAGGGAGGUAAGGCAGUAGAUUUGAAGUGGAAACGUCCCACUCCUCGGCAACCACUUGCAUUCGACAGGAUCCUUGCCUCAAAGAAUCGAGGAGUCUUCAGUGGCUCAGAAGCCUCUGAUGAUAGUGACUUACCGGAAAUCCUUUCGUGA